AGUGUGGGGACGUUCGACCUCCACGUGGAGACAGAGCCCAGGGAGUGCACGGGGGACGCCAGCGCCCGCUUCCGCCUCCUCCUCCGGGCACGGUACACCGGGGACCGUCCAGCCACCAACAUGGUUGUCAUCGAAGCCAAGCUUCCAUCAGGCUACAUCCCGGAGAAGAGCUCCAUGGUGGAGCUGAAGCAGCAGAAGCUGGUGAAGAAGGUGGAGGUGCAGCCCGACCAGGUGACCAUUUACCUGGACCAGCUGACGGAGGAGGAGGAGACCUUCGCCUUCACCGCCACCCAGGACUUCCCCGUGAGGAACCUCCAGCCGGCCACCGUGACGCUGUACGACUACUACGAGACGGAUGACCGUGUGGAUGCUGCCUACAGUGCACCUUGCAGCUCAGAGAGCAAGUGUCCCAGCCGCGCCGGCAGCGAGAGACCUGGAGAUGCGGCCACACUGUGA